AUGUCAUCCUCCAUCGCUUCGCCGCAACAUCAUUCCCCGGGCUUAAACGGUGCCCACUCACCACCACUUGCGACACCCUCCGUCUACCCUCAGACCCCUGCCUCUCACCCGUCAUCAAACGGCAACGGGCACGGAAAUAACGGCCAUGUCUCCCGCUGGCGCACCGUCUUCAAACCUAAGAAGGGGAAGAAGGACCGCUCCAAGGACUCUGCAGACAUGGUACCGGCGCUCCCGGAACUCGACGGUGGUGUCCACGCCCCGUUCAUGAACGACGAUUUCGAGUCGGCCCUCGCUGCGUCGUCGCCCAGCACGUCCAUGUCCGAGCCAAAGCAGAGCAUCGCCACGAUCGACAGCGAGCGGGGAGGGCAAUCUGGAUCUGGUGGGUCGAGCUACGUGCACUCGUCCCCAGCCGCUUCCGUCCCGUUCGCCCCUUCAGCGUCCGCGUACCCGGCCGAGCCCUGGGCGACCCCAGCACCCGCAGCGACGUCGCAGGACCAGCAGCAUGGACGCCCAUUGUCGCAUUCGUACUCCAUUUCGACGCAGGACGACGACCGCUCUUCGUCUUCGUCUCGGUCUAGAGUGCCUAACGCGUCGGGCGCGGUCUCAAAUGGCAUUCCCACGGUUGCGACCGGCUCCAUGUCCUCGCUGCACAGCGCCCACACGACAUCACGUUCCGGCCCGUUCAAGGGGCGAUUCUUCUCCUCGCCUUCCGUCAGCACAACAAGUGUUGCCUCGGAAAUCAACGGCAACGGAGGCACGAAGAAGGACGGAAAGUACAAGGGACUCGGCAAGAAGAAGCCCAGCCAUAUCAACAUUGACACGAAGAGCAAUGUUUCACUAGUGUCGAGCCCGCCGAAUCGCAUACCGCCAAAGAAGAAGGAUGAGCAGCCGACGAGCGCCGACUCGCACAAAGGAUCUGCAGCUCAACGAUUCAUCCGCCGCGUCGUGUCGGCUCCCAACGCGAAGGCGCUGUUCGCUAAGAACGCCGCUCCGGAAACGCCUCCACCCCUCCCCACCAAGUCCAAGGACUUUAACGGGUCCACCCCGGUGCCGUCCGUGGACUUGACCACGACACCGCCGCCGCAACCGAUGAGCGGCAAGACAUCUGGGUCUUCCCUCGCCUCACCCUCGACACCGGUCCGGUCUAACACGCCCUCAUUCCUUAAACCGUCCGGGCUCUCGGCGACAGGGACGCGUGGCUCGCGUGCCCACUCCACCAGCGUUGUGGCCAGCCGGUCGGCGGCUGCGAGCUCCAACUCGUCCCUCCUGCAGGCUCCUUCCGCGGGCUUCCGGCGCACGUACUCGUCCAACUCGAUCAAGACGCGAAGCGUCGAAGUAUCUCCGAGCUCGUUCGAGAAGAUCAAGCUCCUCGGUAAGGGCGACGUCGGCAAGGUGUACCUCGUGCGGGAAAAGAAGACGGAUAAGCUGUUCGCGAUGAAGGUGCUCAGCAAGAAGGAGAUGAUCAAGCGGAACAAGAUUAAGCGCGCUCUGGCUGAGCAGGAGAUUCUGGCCAUGUCAAAUCACCCGUUCAUCGUGACGCUGUUCCACUCGUUCCAGUCGAACGACUACCUCUUCUUCGUGCUCGACUACUGCAUGGGCGGCGAGUUCUUCCGUGCCCUGCAGACACGGCCGGGCAAGUGUCUCGCAGAGGAGCACGCCAAGUUCUACGCCGCCGAGGUCAUUGCCGCGCUCGAGUACCUGCACUUGAACGGAUACAUCUACCGCGACCUGAAGCCGGAGAACAUUCUUCUGCACCAGAGUGGGCAUAUCAUGCUUUCCGAUUUCGACCUGUCGAAGCAGUCUGGACCAGCCGGUGGCGCGCCGGCUGUCAUCAAGCAGAGCGGACAGAACGGCGUACUUCUCGUCGACACGCGAUCGUGUAUCGCCGACUUCCGCACCAACUCGUUCGUCGGAACGGAAGAGUACAUCGCCCCCGAGGUCAUCAAGGGGUGCGGACACACAUCGGCGGUCGACUGGUGGACGUUAGGCAUCCUGAUCUACGAGAUGAUCUUUGCGACGACGCCGUUUAAGGGACCGAACCGGAAUGCGACCUUCUCGAAUGUGCUCAAGACGGAUGUUACGUUCCCGGAUGAUAAGCACGUGUCGAACAACUGCAAGUCGCUCAUCAAGAAGCUCCUCAUCAAGGACGAGCACAAGCGGUUAGGCUCGUCUGCCGGAGCGUCGGAGGUGAAGCAGUCCAAGUGGUUCACGAACAUCAGCUGGGGCCUGCUACGCCACAUGACGCCGCCCAUAAUCCCCGCCGAGUCGAACGGCAUCGACACGGUCAACUUCCGCACGAUCCGCGACUCGAAAAGUAUCGACUUUACGUCUGGCGCACUCAUGCCCGACGCCCAGGGUGAGGACAUCAUCCAGGGCCACGCCGGCUUCCCCGCCACUGCGCCCGGCACACCAGGCAUGGCGACGCCAAAGGAGCUCGUGCCGAUCGCCGACGAGAAGAACCCGUUCAACGAGUUCUCGUCGGUCACUCGCGACUUCAUCGACGGGUACUAG